AUGCUGCGCUCCUCAUUUGCACCGAGUCGGCAGCUGCUGUCGUCUCCUGUUCGCCAACGAAUCCCGUCGCAAUGGCUAUCUAAAGCUGGUGCGAGCAGCCAACUUUCGGGUCAGCGAUUCUUUGCCGACUCUAAGCCUCCUAUUGCCCCGACACCCGCUACACCUUCCACUGAGUCGACAAUCCCCCACGGGAGCAUCCCGAAGCCCACGGAACAAGAAAUCAAGGCUAUCAAGCCGCCAGCACCUGUCCGUAAGACCGGCCGCUUCCGUCGGUUCUUGUUAUACUUGAUUCUGACCUCCGGUCUCACCUAUGGCGGCGGCAUCUUCCUCGCUCUGAAGUCCGACAACUUCCACGACUUCUUCACCGAGUAUGUCCCAUACGGCGAGGAAUGCGUUCUCUACUUCGAGGAGCGUGACUUCUACCGCCGCUUCCCUAAUGCCUCCAGACACUCCAACCGCGUCAUUGCCGCUCCUCGGGAGGAGGGCAAGCCCGUCACAAUCCCCAGCAACAGCGGUCUGUCGUGGAAGGUCACUGGUGAGGAGUCGGGAAGUGAUGUCUCCAAGACUGGCCCUCACAUGAGCUCCAAGGCCGAGGAAAAGGCCACGGUUGUCAAGGCAAAGGACGAUAAAGCCUCGAAGACAGCGACCAAGGCUGCGCCCAAGGAAGAAAAGAAGGAGGAGAAGAAGUCAGUUUCUCUUGAUGAGCCCAGAAAACCCGCAGUUGCUACUGUGAACACCAUUGAGCUCCUGAAUAUUCAGGACGGUGAUGAGGCUGUGGUUCAGGAGCUGGUUAAGACCUUUAACGACAUUGUCACCGUAAUCAGCGCCGACGAGAAUGCUGGCAAGUACUCUGCACCUGUUACCAAGGCCAAGGAGGAGUUGCAGAAGAUUGGUGAGAAGAUCUCCGCGAUCCGCACCGAGGCUCGCAGCGCCGCCCAGGAGGAGCUCAACAAGGCUCACUCCACCUUUGACGAGUCCGCUAAGGAGCUGAUCCGCCAAUUUGAGGAGAUGCGUGCCACUGAUAUUGCCCAGUUCCGCGAAGAGUUUGAGGCUGAGCGUGAGAAGCUCGCCAUGGCGUACCAGGACAAGAUCCACGUCGAACUUCAGCGCGCCCAGGAGCUUGCUGAGCAGCGUUUGCAGAACGAACUUGUGGAGCAGGCCAUUGAAUUGAACCGUAAAUAUGUUCACGAUGUCAAGGAUCUGGUUGAGCGUGAGCGCGAGGGUCGUCUGAGCAAGCUGAGCGAGCUUUCUGCUAACAUCAGUGAGCUCGAGAAGCUGACCACCGGCUGGAGCAAUGUCAUUGAUACUAACCUGAAGACUCAGCAACUUCAGGUUGCUGUGGAUGCUGUUCGCUCUGUUGUGGAGCGCACUGAGACUCCCCGCCCCUUCGUCCGUGAACUAGUAGCCGUCAAGGAGCUGGCUGCUGACGACCCAGUUGUCGAUGCCGCAAUUGCCUCCAUCAACCCCACUGCCUACCAGCGUGGUAUUCCCUCGACCGCUAUGAUCGUUGAGCGCUUCCGCCGGGUCGCUAGCGAGGUUCGCAAGGCCAGUUUGUUGCCCGAGGACGCUGGUAUCGCCAGCCACGCUGCCAGCAUGGUGUUGAGCAAGGUCAUGUUCAAAAAGGAUGCCCUUGCCGACGGUGACGACGUGGAGAGCAUUCUGGUGCGCACCGAGAGUUUGUUGGAAGAGGGACAGGUUGACGCCGCGGCUCGUGAGAUGAACGCUCUUCAGGGCUGGGCUAAAAUUCUGAGCAAGGACUGGUUGGCUGAUGUUCGCCGAGUGCUUGAGGUCAAGCAGGCUCUCGAGGUGAUCGAGACUGAGGCCCGUCUCCAGUGCUUGCGGGUGGAGUAA